UAACAGCCCGGGUGCAGGGUGAUGUGCGCCGAGACCCGGGGCUGCAGGGAGGGAACUCUCCCCUCGUGAUCCACGUCCACGUCGGGGGAUUUGAGAGCCCAGCCGACUCGCGCCGGAGCGACGAUGACGGGAGAGGCGGAAGUGAAGUCACUUGACGGACCGUCCAUGUUAUUAUUGUUAUUUUGGUAGCGCCCUGUGUGAUGAGACGCGCUGGGGAGCCGUCCGUCUCCGAGACAGCGACACCGACACCCUCAGCCUCGCAGACCCGGGGACAGGAGGCUCGCUGGGGGCGGAGGAGGAGGAGGAGGAGAGGGGGGUGCAGACCCAGCUGCUCCAGCCAGGCUCAGCUGCAACACACCACUCAUAAAACACCGCAGACAUGAACGGUAUCACCAAGGGCCGGUUCGAGGUGUUCUCAAACAGUGAUGAGGCUCCCAUUAACAAGAAGCUCCCCAAAGAGCUUCUUCUCAGAAUAUUCUCCUACCUAGAUGUGGUUACGCUCUGCAGAUGUGCCCAGGUGUCCAAGGCGUGGAACGUCCUGGCUUUAGAUGGCAGCAACUGGCAGAAGAUCGACUUGUUCAACUUCCAGACAGACAUAGAGGGGCGGGUGGUGGAGAACAUUUCCAAGCGAUGCGGAGGCUUCCUGAGGCAGCUCAGCCUCCGGGGCUGCCUGAGUGUCGGAGACGCCUCCAUGAAGACAUUUGCUCAGAACUGCAGAAACAUCGAAGUGUUGAACCUGAACGGCUGCACAAAGAUCACCGACAGUACCUGCGUCAGCCUCAGCAAGUUUUGCUCGAAGCUCAAACAGCUAGAUCUGACCUCCUGCGUGUCCGUCAGUAACCACUCCCUCAAGGCUCUCAGCGACGGCUGCAGAAUGCUGGAGACGUUGAACCUGUCGUGGUGCGACCAGAUCACGCGCGAUGGCAUUGAGGCCCUGGCUCGAGGCUGCAACGGUUUACGGGCGCUGUUCCUCCGAGGCUGCACGCAGCUGGACGAUGGAGCACUGAAACAUUUACAGAAGCACUGCCCCGAACUCUCCACCAUCAAUAUGCAGUCUUGCACGAUAACUGACGAAGGCCUGGUCAGUCUGUGCCGGGGAUGCCACAAGCUGCAGAUCCUCUGCAUCUCUGGCUGCAGUAACAUCACUGAUGCUUCUCUCACUGCACUGGGGCUUAACUGUCCUCGACUCAAGAUCCUUGAAGCUGCACGAUGCUCCCAUGUUACAGACGCCGGGUUCACAGUGCUUGCCAGAAAUUGCCAUGAGCUUGAAAAAAUGGACUUAGAAGAAUGUAUUUUGGUGACAGAUAACACCCUGGUUCAGCUGUCAAUCCACUGCCCACGCCUGCAAGCACUGUCCCUGUCCCACUGCGAACUCAUCACAGAUGACGGCAUCAGAGCUCUGAGUAGCAGUACCUGCGGCCAGGAGCGCCUCAUGGUGCUGGAGCUGGACAACUGCCCCCUCAUCACCGACGUCACCCUGGAGCACCUGAAGAGCUGUCACCGUCUGGAGCGCAUCGAGCUCUACGACUGUCAGCAGGUUACCAGGGCCGGCAUUAAACGCAUCAGGGCCCACCUCCCAGACAUCAAGGUCCAUGCCUACUUUGCUCCAGUAACACCGCCCCCUUCUGUCCAUGGAGGGGGCCAGCGUCUGUGCCGCUGCUGCAUCAUCCUCUGACAGUGGAGAGCCAGGGGGGGGCACCUCUGUCUACAGGUCCUGCUGCUCUGAUACGAGCCAAUAAUGGGUUUGCGAGAGGUGGGGGGGAAGCUGGGGUCGGUGGUGUGGGGGAGAGGAGGGGCUGGACCCGCUCACUGCUCCUGAUCAAAGAUCAAUACACAGACUGAUCGCCACUGAUCCCUGAUCAGUUGAAACUGCCCCUUCUCUCUCCUCUUGCUCACAAUCAGUGUUGCAGCAGCAUGGAGGGGUUGGAGGAAAAAGAUGUGAAUGGCUGGACUUUCUUUCUCUGUGUCUCGUUCUCUUUCUUCAUCUAAAGACAAGUAACAGGUUCUCCACUCCAUAUUGCUCCUCACGCCCCUGAUUCCCCUCCCUACGGGCGUAAAGGACUGCAUCUAGACAACUGCAGACGGGGAGUCCGAACAGUUGAACUAGAGUGGAUCAUUUUCAAGUGAAAGGUCAAAAAAAAAAAAAAUUAAAAGAUGAUAAUGUCAUCUAGGACAAGAGCUUUGUUGAAUAUCAUCUCAACCAGUUACAUGACUAUUCCAAGUUACCAUCCAGUGACUCUUCUGCUUUGACCAAUAGACAUGCAUGGAGGCAGUUGAGGAAUGGGCUGUGAGUGAAGUGAAGGUCUUCUCACUCAUCUCUGCAGUUUGGAAGGACAAAUAGGACGGACAUAACAAGACAUGAAAUGUUUGUGCAUCUGAGAAACUUCAGUUGAAAUUAUUAUUCUGUUUGUACAGAGAAUGUUUUGCAAUGGAAAAAAAAAAUUAACACUUACAGCAACUCACUCAAAAAUUGAAGCAGCCAACAAAAUCCUUCACCCUGUUUUUGUUUUUUUGUUGUUUUUUUUUCUUCUCUCCAGUGCUUAUUGUAACUGCCCACGCCUGCCUGUUUAGCAGGGGGUGGGACAUAUGCUUGUCAUUCUUUUUGAACUGUAAAAGAAAAGAAGUUGCUUUUUGACAACAAAAAAAGGACCUAUGAUUCUAAACAUGAGUGUGAAAAAGCAUUCUGUCAACAACACUUUAUGCUGCUUGAAUGAGUGGCCUCUUUUGUGAACUGUGUGGUCAUGUAAGCUUUUAGGCGCUGAUCCAAUCCUGUCAGUUACCCUGUGAACUAUCUCCUACUUGAUCACUUAAGCAUUUGUUUACAUCCCAGAUUAGGUUAGCGCCACGGACUAACCAGUUUACAUCAGUAGGUUCCCAGUCCACAGACUAUUCAGGGUUAUUCUGAAUAGCUUAAUAACACUGAUAGGACUGUGGCAUACCCACUGCUUUUAAGCGGACUGUGACCUAAUUUAUUCAGAUAUACUGUUGUGUGUGUCUGGAUAUCAGUCAGGGCUAUAGCUGGUGUGAAUUUGCUUCAAAAGUGAAGCAGAAAUUUCCUAAGGCUAAGGUAAUAGUUACGAGACUGUGAGCAAAGACACCUCAAGUUUUUGACAAUCACAUGAAUUUAUGUGUUUUAAAGUUUAUUUAGUAUUGCUUUGUGUAAUUGUCAAUUUACUUAUGUUGUGGGAUAUUAUAAAUUGGCUGUUGUCUUUAUACACCAAUAGCACAGUAGGAAUUACUGGUAUUUACAACUAUAAUUUUACCCAGGUCUGGUGAAAUCUGCCAAUCAAAUUAAUUUAAUAGAUCCCCAACAAUUUCCCUCUCAUCACUACAGAUUAUAUAGAAACUAUGAGAGAUUGAUAUGUAGUGAUAAAGCAACAGAAGCAACAGUUUAAUUGGCUUAAUAGACCUAGUUGAGAUGAUCGGGUUCUCAACAAUAUCUGUAUCAUCAAGAUGUUACAACCUAUUUUAUUGUGUUAAAAACUGACUGGGAAAUGCUGUAUUGUGCCAACCGAUAAAUGACUGGGGACUGGCAGGACAAUGGAUUGGACUGAGGGAAAAGAUAGCAGGCAGAAAGAUCAGGAAAGACUCAGAUGGACUCAUCAUGCACGGCUGACUUGACUAGCUGUGAUACUAAUGUCCUCUGGCAACUGUUUUAACAGUUUUAUGUUUAAGAAAAUAAAUAAAAAAAAUACAAAUGAAUGAAUAAAUAAA